UGAAUGGAAGACUGUGGUUGAAGGUCCAGCAUGACUGGGCUGCGCAUUCUGCUUUUUUCUUUCUUCCUUUUAUUUGGCUUUUCCUUACUUCCGUGCCUUUGUGACAAUGCUCUAGCAUCAACCUGAAAUCUGGCCUCGUGAGCAUUGUCAGCAAUGCAUGUAACAAUUACAAGAGCCGUGCACUUCACAGCAGACAGCUGUGCUGACAGAGCUGACGUCUGGGUUUCUCAAGCUGGACGCGCUGUGUCUGUGCUCUAUGGUAUCUUCCCCUGAUGUCACCUUUCUGUAGUCAGUCUGACUGUGGCUCUCUGCAGGUUUUCAGCCUAGGACUGUUGCAACGAGUGGUUCUGACCUUUGUGGAGUGCGGCAUGUUCUCAUCCAAGACAAGUUACUUGGGAGCAUAAUUCUCUGCAACAGAUUGAGACUGUCUUCUUGCUGCUAUCGUGUGCCCAAGUUCACAAGUACCUAGCCAGUCUGAUGCAACACUGCAACGACCUGCAGUCUUAUUUUAUUGUCUUCACCGAACCAAGGGUAGUCAUUACAGAUUGGAAAGACAUGCAUAUUGUACUGCCUAGGAAUGUCUAGUAUCUAGCCAUUUGUUCACAAUGACAUUCCGAUGGUUCAACAUGUCUUCCAUGUAUGGACUUCUGUGUGUGUGUGUGUGUGUGUGUGUGUGUGUGUGUGUUUGGGGGGGGGGGGGGGGGGGUAUUGUAUUGGGAGACACUCCACCACAACUUGGUAACUUGAACUUCGAGUUUUGUCAGUGCUUAUUUUAAGUGUUUAGAACCAGAAUCUGUUGCAAACAUACAGUCAGGAUGUCGUUGUUCAUCAUGCUGACUCGUCAUCAUGGUAAUGGGGUCCGUAGGCUUUCAUUAUUUAGCCAUUGCGGCACACCCAAACAAGACAUCACAUUCUAAGCUUUGGUGUGUUCUCCAGUCAUGACGUCAACCUCCCUGUGACCGAGUUUCGUCUUUUGGUGGACUUUCAGAAGUGGUUGAUACUGGAUGUUUUCGAUGUACAGAAGAGUCUUCUCUCCUUUGGUGCAGUGUCCGGUGCCAUUGGGAUUGAGUGUUGUUUUAGGGGUGUUGCUGUGGAAUUCGCAAUGGAUCCUCACCUGCUUGUUUGGCAAUUUUGCCACCCAUCAUGUUUCACACCAUGUGCCGCUGGAGAACAAUGGUUGCAAGGUCCUCCCAAGCAUGCUCGGAAAGCUUUUCCGGUUUCUGGUCGGGAUGUCCUACAAAUAUUUAUGGCAGCUGUUGCAGAUCAGUAAGGAGGUAUCCUCUGGGGGAAUGUGGACCCUUUCUGAAGCCUAGUCGGCUGCAGCCACUCCCGGAGAUCAGUCAAGCCCAUCAUGCAGUCAUGCUGUUCUGGUCCAGUGAAUGUACAUCUUUGCUUUAUGUAUCGUGCAUACGACU